GGGAGAGGAGCGUGUACCGGAGCUCUCGGCGAACCCGUGGAAACGCACGGACGCGAAUCUACCUGGCUUUUGUGACUCGUUUUCGUCGCGUUGUUUUCCCCUUCUUGCCGGCUUGGAGAUGUGGAUAAAUAAACGCCGGACACCGAGCAUACUGCCGUGACAUUUCUACAACGUGUAAUCACACUGGGAAACUUUUUUCUCUCUAUUAUAUAUACAUAUAUAUUUUUUCGGUCGUGUAUUGUGUUGUGUUUUUUUCCGAACUGUCAAAAGGCUUUCUGACAUGAGAGCUCAACUUGCACAGUUCCAUACGUACUUGCUGUACAGUGAUGUGGUGGUGUUAACUGCCACGUAGUUCCACCCUGAGUUCUAACAUACAGAUCGGAUACAAAUAACUGAAAAUGAGAUGACAAUACGUACAGUCGUAAAGAAAAAAGAAGAAGAAAUGCAUCGUCGCUUGAAAACAUUUUAGUGAAGCUUGAGAGAGGAAGAUAAGAAAAUAAUAAAAAAAAACACCAAAAUAGUAUGAUAAGCUUUUAUUAAUGGGCAUUAUCGGAUUUAGACUCAAGUGGCCGAGGAGAAAGAAAAAAUCUUCCUGUUAAUUAGUGAUUAGCACAAGUCCUCCAGAUUGAAGACAGCAUGCUCUUCGCGACCGCCGCCUGCCUGCUGCUCGCCCUCCGCUGUCCCCCUGCGAGCGGCAACAGCCAGGAGCAGAAGCAGACGUUCGCCACGAUGCCCUCGCACCAGACGGCGGUGGCAGGGAGCACGGUGGUCCUGCCCUGCCGCGUGCUCAACUUCCACGGCCUCGUUCAGUGGACGAAGGACGGCUUCGGGCUCGGCACCACCAGGGACCUCGAGGGCUUCAGCAGGUACUCCAUGAUCGGCUCGGACGAGGAAAACGACUUCAGUCUCCGGAUCGUCCAAGCGACCCUGGACGACGACGCUGACUACCAGUGCCAGGUGUCGUCGCCCACGGACAAGCCCAUCCGGUCGGACGUCGCGCACCUGACGAUCUACGUGACGCCGACGUAUCCGAAGAUCGACUACAUGCCCAUCGCUACGGCGGGAGUGCCUUAUACCUUGUCUUGCCUUACGGACGGGGCCAGACCUGCGCCGGAGAUGCAGUGGGUCGACGAAAAGGGCUCCGUCAUCACCAAAGGAACCCAGUACCACAGGAGGGUGAGACCAGAUGGAAAACUCAUCGACACUAACUUCACUUACACCUUCACGCCCACACGACACCAUAACGGGCGUACUCUUACCUGUCAGGUGUUUAGUCCAGCUCUGAACACCGCCCUUACGACCGAGGCUGUAAUUAGGGUGAAAUAUCCCCCUCACGUGCAACUAGUUUUCUCGCCCGCCAAGUUGAAGGAGGGCGAGGAGGCUUUCGUCACGUGCAAGGUGGACGCGAACCCCAACAACGUGACUUACCGCUGGUUCCGCGAGGGCAAGGAGGUGCCUGGCGCCGCGGGGGCCACCUUGCCCUUGGGCGUUCUCUCGAGGAGCAACCAGUCGGCCACGAUAGCCUGCGAGGUGACCAACGCCCUGGGCACGGCGCGCAAGACGGACCAGCUCAAUAUUCUUUACCCGCCCAUGUUCCUAGCUGAGCCGAGCAGCGUGUCGGGCGAAAUCGGGAACAUGGUGACGAUGAAGUGCCGCGUGGACGCCAACCCCACGGCAGAAAUUUACUGGUCGAGACUCCGGGACAACGAGCUGGUCGGCACAGGCGAGGAACUGACCAUCGAAGCCUCCAAAGCGACGGCGGGCGUGUACGUGUGUUCCGCCCGCAGCGACAACUUCCCUGCCCUGGACGCCCAACUCCACCUCAGACUCCGUGGCCCUCCGAGGAUCAAGACGACCUCGGUGCUGGUCGUUCGCGAGGGACAGAAUGCCGUCCUGCGCUGCUCCGUGGUCUCCGUGCCCCACCCCGUGUCGCUCACGUGGGAGAAGGAGGGCGUGAGUCUCAGUCCUGACGGCGACUGGGAAGUGAAGGAGGACCAGAGGGCGGACGGCGUCGUGUCCACGCUGACCAUCUACAACGUCUCUCAGGAUGACUUCGCUUCCUACAACUGCACAGUCAUCAACGAGUACGGCGUCGGGACCCAGCAGAUCAUCCUUCAGAGGCCGCCCCUCAUCCCCUUCAUGGUCAUCGUGGGCGGCGGAGGCGGCGUCGUCCUCGUCGUCAUCCUCGUCAUCUUCUUCAUCCUGUGCGGAUGCCGGCCGAAGGAGCGGAAGGAGAAGGCCGACGCCGCCGAGAAGGGCGCCUUCGCGAACGGCAUCAGCGGCAAGCACCACGAGACGCCGGACGUCAACGGAGGGAGCAUCGAGCUGGGCCAGACGGAGAAGGUGCUGCCCAACCUCAUCCCGGCCGACGCUCGGUCCACGGGCAAGGACUCGGACAACAAGGAAGAGAGGUCGAGGGCCAACUCGUCCUUGUCUGAGGGCGAGAGAGAGUCAGACAGCGGCUGGGAGAAGAACAGCACCAAUUGUUCGGGUAAACGCGACUUAACCCCCUCCCUGAGUCGUGCACACUACACCUCAGCGACCACAGUGUUCCCCCCUCCCGAUGACGACUACAUGCCUUAUGUGGACUACACCAGGGACUACCUGAGGGUUCCCGUGAGUCCCACUGAGUCCAGCGCCCACUUCCAGAUCGGAGGCCCCUACAGCUGCUACACGCCGGCGAGUGAUCAGCCUUCGUCGCUUCCUUCGUCCGAGUCUCUGCCUCCGUACACCUUACAGCCUCAGCCCACCAGCGACUUCAACGGGGACUAUACGAACGGCCGUCACCAUCCGCCGGCGAAUAAUGACGCGGUUAUGGUGAACGGGAGGCUCAAGCACGCCCUCCUGCAGGACCUGAAGAAGGAGCUGAAGGGGGGUGUGCCCCACGACCUCAACACGGGGGCGUUACAGAGCAAGUACAUUAUUCCUCCGCAGACGAAGAUCAAACCGGGGACGCUAGUGUAGAAAAGAAAUAAAUUAUAUGAUCUCUUAAGCUUUCCUAGUUGUGUAAGGGACGUUGUUAUUAUCAUCAUAGAGACAUGGAACCAUUGCCCAGAACAUGUAGCAGAAGCAAGAGCUGGAAAAUAUGCAUCGCAAACUCUUCAGAAGAUUACCAACAGAAAAGUAUAUAAAUAGACUUUACGAACUCCCCUGUAUAAUUAACAGGGAACGGAAUACGUAUCAUGAACUCUUAGUACCAUAAAGCAGAAACAAACAAAAUAUAUUGUGAUUUUUCUGAAAAUAAGAUCAAAAUAAUGGAAUCUUCAAGAACAUUACGUGGAACAAAGCGAUGAAAAAAUACGUUGCGCCUCACAAACUCUGCAUGCAAUAUCAUAGCUAAUCUUCAUGUUACACAAGUGUCCGAUAACCGAAUCAUUAAACCAAAAAAAAACAA